AUGGAAGCAGUCGCGGUGGUGAAGCCACCACUGUCCCAAGGGGUGGCCUAUGGCAUCGUUCUCGGGUUUGGCAUAGUUUUUGCCUUGUCGAUGAAUACUAUCACUUGGAUAUCACGGAAGUACCUUCAUGAGAGCGCAGACACCAACAUGCAGUUGACAGCUCGGAAGAACGUCAAAUCCGGGCUCGUCGCAUCCGCGGUUGUUUCCUCGUGGUGUUACGCUACUACAAUUCUCAACUCAGUUCGCCUAACCUACGUGUUCGGAUUCCUCGGCCUAUGGUGGUUCGUUAGCGGUGCCACCGUUAAGAUCAUUCUCAUAUCAUCUUCUUCGUGUAUGGAGUCUCGGUCCAGAUUCUCAUUACUGCAGCACUUCUUUUGGGCGGCGAUGAACUAUUUGAUUCCUCUCGGCGUUGUAGUCUACACGUAUUUGGGCGGCUUGAAGGCUACAUUCUUGUCUGAUUAUAUUCAUACUAUGAUCAUCUUUGUCAUUCUGCUUAUCACCAUGUUCGCUGUAAUGAGUCCAGCAGCCUCCCCAGCCGCUACUGCACAUCCUGCCUAUGGAACCAAAGGUGGAGAGUAUCUUACCAUGGAAUCAGAUCAGAGUCUCUUACUCGCUGGAGUCAUUCUGGUGUCUGGUCUCGGAUCAGUCUUUGUGGACGCAUCUUAUGGUCAGAAGGCCAUCGCGGGAGAGCCCUUCGCUGUCGUCCGGGGAUACUUCUACGGAGGAUUCGCCUGGUUCUCCAUACCUUUAGAUCUUUGUGCAACCAUGAGCUUCGUAGCCGUCGGCCUCCAAGACUCUGAGUACUGGCUGAUCCCAGGCAGAAUCACCGCCUACCAGAUCAACAACGCCCUAAUUCUCCCUCUCGCCGCACAGGCCGUAAUGGGAACCGGCGGCCCCGUCGCAGUCAUCUUGAUGGUAUUCAUGGCCGUAACCUCCUCCUUCAGCGCCAAGAUCAUCGCCCACGCAUCCAUCGUAACCUUCGACAUCUACCAGCCCUACAUCAACCCCACCGCCAGCGACAAAAAGCUCAAAAUGGUCUCCCACGGCGCCCUCACCGGCUUCGCCAUCUUCUCUGCCUCCUUCGCCACCGCCCUCAACGCCUCCGGCAUCUCCAUGGGCUGGAUCCUCGAAUUCCUCGGCGUCGUCCUCGGCGCGGCCGUCAUCCCCAUCGCCCUCGCCAUCACAAACGCGCACGUCUCGUCCCUCUACAUGAUCAUCGCCGCGCCCGUCGGCACAAUCUGCGGUCUCGCCGCCCGGCUCGGGACCACCAAGGGCAUGUACGGCGAAAUCAACGUCGCCACCACCUUCGAGAACUGGAGCAUGUUCGCCGGCUACACCGUCAGCCUGUGCCUCCCCCUGCUCAUCUGGGCCUGCAUGUGGCCGUUCAUGCGCACGCCGUACGACUGGGACAUGCUCUUCCUCAUGCAAGCGCUCCAACCGCGCGCCGGCGACGCCGUGUACGCGUACGGCGAGGACGUGGAUCUGGGCGCGGACUGGGACCCGCAGGGCUUGCGGCAGGCGAGCAACUGGGCGAAGAUCGUGAGCGCGGUGUUGUGUUUGGUUAUUUGAUUAUCAUCCCGUUCUCGUUGUAUGGGACGGGGUAUGUGUUUUCGAGGAACUUCUUUGCAGGGUGGACGGUGGUGGUGUUUAUUUGGAGUGGGUGCGCGGCGCUGCUGAUUUGAUGUAUGCCGAUUUGGCAGAGCAGGAUG